AUGAUUUUCUGCAGAAACGAACCGGGAACUGAUUUUUCCGUGAGCAAAUUCGAUGUGGACCUUACCUCUCGAGUCUGGGAAUGUGUCGCGGGGGAAUUAGACUCUCGAUUUCCGUGGCUUCUCAAGACGUUAGCCUUCAUCUUGGUACUUGGCAUUGUUCUAUUUAUGUUCAGAAGUGUGUCCCUUCCGGUAGUGUUCCGUGGCUUCAAGUCAGACCAUGCACACCUGCCACUGACGCUUCUUUCCAAGGAGAGCAUCAGGAACCUGUUUUCCUAUGAUGGGAUCUGGCUGUUCCCUAAACAGCAGUGCAAAUGUGUAACCUCCAAAGGGCGAAGAGGUUAUAACUUGCAGGAUGCCUAUAACCACAGCGACCUCCCAGCCGUGCAGGCAAGGAGACAGGCUGAAUUUGAACACUUUCAGAGGAGAGAAGGGCUGCCACGCCCACCACCCCUGCUGGCUCAGCCCAACAUCCCCUUUGGGUACCCAGUCCACGGAGUAGAGGUGAUGCCCCUGCACACCAUUCUCAUCCCAGGUCUCCAGUAUGAAGGUCCAGAGGUCCCAGUCUAUAAGGUCACCCUGAAAGCUUCUCUAGGGUCACUGAACACCCUCGCUGAUGUCCCAGGUGAUGUCGUGCACGGCAGAGGCCGGAAAGAGAUGAUCAUUUCAACCAGCAGCCGGAAGCUGUUGCAGUUCAUCCUCCAGCAUGUGACAUACACCAGCACAGUGUACCAGCACCACUGGGUGGACACGGUGAGUUUGAAGUUCAAGUCCUCAGUGGCCAAAUUCCCUGUGACCAUCCGCCAUCCUGUCAUACCCAAGUUAUAUGACCCCGGACCAGAGAAGCAGCUCAGAAAUCUGGUGACCAUUGCCACCAAGACUUUCCUCCGUCCCCACAAGGUUAAGGUCCUACUUCAGAGUAUUCGAAAGUAUUACCCAGAUGUGACUGUGAUCGUGGCUGAUGACAGCAAGGAGCCCAUGGAAAUUAAAGAUGACUAUGUGGAGUAUUAUCUAAUGCCCUUCGGGAAGGGUUGGUUUGCUGGUAGAAACCUGGCCAUAUCUCAGGUCACCACCAAAUAUGUUCUGUGGGUGGACGAUGACUUUCUCUUCAACAACAAGACCAAGAUUGAGGUGCUGGUGGAUGUCCUGGAGAAAACGGAGCUGGAUGUGGUGGGUGGCAGCGUGCUGGGGAACGUGUUCCAGUUCAAGCUGUUGCUGGAACAGAGCGAGGGUGGUGACUGUCUUAACAAGAGGAAGGGAUGGUUCCAGCGCCUGGAUGGCUUCCCCCGCUGUGUGGUGACCAGUGGCGUUGUCAACUUCUUCCUGGCCCACACAGAGCGACUCCAAAGAGUUGGCUUCGAUCCCCGCCUGCAACGUGUGGCUCAUUCAGAGUUCUUUGUUGAUGGGCUGGGGAGUCUGCUGGUGGGCUCAUGCCCAUAUGUGGUUGUCGGUCACCAGUCCCACAGUCCAGAGGACUUGAACCCGACCCCCUUGGAGAAGAUCUAUGGCAUAUACCGGAAAAACACCAACGAUCAGAUCCAAUUCAAACAGGCUCUCCACUACUUCAAGAACCAUCUCCAGUGCUUCGAAUAA